AUGACCGUCCCUGGAGCCAAGGAUGAAGCGAUACAGCAUGAGGACGUCCUGAGCAGCCACAGGGACUCCAGCAGCGUCAUUGCAGACGUUGAAGCAUUUGUGAGCGAGCGUGGUGUUGAAAAACAUCGGGACGACUUCAUCAAGGGCGCUCUUGUUGCCCAGGUUAACAACCAGCGUGGCGGCUUUGAGACUAUUGACCUGCUUUCUGAAGAGGACAAAUGUUAUCUUCGACGCGAGGAGAUGCACCGCUGGAGCCAGCCAUUUAGGCUCUACUUUCUCUGCACCCUCUGCGCCGGCUGUGCCAUCGUCCAGGGAAUGAAUCAGACGGACGUGAAUGGCGCCCAGUGGAACAUUAGCCUCAUUAAUAGUGCGCCGUACCUAUGCUCGUCAGUCUAUCUUGGACGACGUGGAACCAUCUUCACCGGCUGCGCCUUUUCGUUGGUCACUGGCUUCUGGAUGGUCGUCUGUCAAUCCUGGCACAAGUUCAUUGCCGCUCGGUUCGUUUUAGGCUUCGCUGUUGGCCCCAUGUCGAGCACUGCCCCUGUAUACUCCGCCGAAUCGACUCCUAAGAAUAUCCGCGGUGCCCUUACUAUGAUGUGGCGGAUGUGGACUGCUUUCAGUAUCGCCGUUGGAAUGAUCAUCUUCGUCGCCUUCAAGGACUGUGACUUCCUCGGCGAGAACUCCCAAUGGCGUUGGAUCAUGGCCUUGACAUCUGUUCCCCCUCUGAUCGGUCGCUUUGAUAAGGCUUACCAGUCGACAAGACGGCUUCGACAUUGUGCCGUUCAAGCAACCCGCGACAUGUACUACGUCAGCAAACUCCUUGACGCCGAAUCUAAACAGCGAGAGGGCCACAACGCCUUUAAAGAGUUCUUCACAGUCCGCCGUAACCGUCUUCCCCUAAUCGCUAGUCAACAGUUUUGCGGAGUAAACGUCAUUGCCUAUUACUCUACUAGCAUCUUUGAAGGCGCGAACUAUGGCCCCAGCCAGCAGUCCAUGAUCGGCUGCGUGACUACGGGACUCUACGUCUUCAUGGCGUGUUACUCUCCCGGAAUGGGCCCUGUUCCCUUCACGUAUAGCGCCGAGGCCUUUCCUCUGCAUGUCCGAGAUAUCGGAAUGGCGUCUAGCACUUCCAUCACCUGGUGCUUCAACUUCAUCAUCAGUCUCACGUGGCCUCCUCUAGGAGAACGUCUUGGUGAUAGCGGCGGCUUCUGCUACUAUGCAGCCUGGAACCUCUUCGGCUGGGUUAUGGCGUACUUCUUCUUGCCUGAGACUAAGAACCUGACCUUGGAGGAGCUUGAUAGUGUUUUCGCCAUGAAGAACAGGGAUCACGCGGGCUAUUAUCUCCAAAAGCUGCCCUGGUAUCUUAAGAAGUACCUUCUGUUCCAGGAUGUGGCGCCGUUUCCUCCGCUUUAUGAGACUCCACGCGGUUCCUCAACCCCAUAUUUCGUGAAACCAAUUGGAGUCUAA